AUGCCUGGAAUCGAGCAUAUCGUCUUUCUGAUGAUGGAAAAUCAUUCUUACGACAACAUUUAUGGUAUGCUAAGUCGUGGGGAUGGCUUCACAAAGAAUGCCGCUGGCCAACCUCUGAACACCAACCCUUACACCAACGGAUCCAUCCAGCAUGCGUUUCCCAUGCCAAAUACGUGUCAAUUGUCUGGUAGACCGAGCCAAGAGUGGAUGGCCAGUCACAACGCCUUCGACAAUGGCACUAACACGGGUUUCGUGCGCACGAACAUCAGCUCAACUGUUCAUGAGCAGGUGGGAGGCGUUGCCAUGGGUUAUUACACAUCCAAUCACCUACCGUUCACCUAUAGCCUCGCUGAAGAAUUUCCGAUUGGAGAUCGCUGGUUUUGCUCUGUUUUGGCUCAAACUUGGCCGAACCGGAGGUUCCUCAUAGCGGGAACAGCCCGCGCGGACACGGACGACAACGUGAACCUGACAGCCAGCUAUUCCCCAGUGGGUACGAUCUUCGAAGAGCUUGACAAGCAUAACAUUUCCUGGCUCAACUAUGCCCCCGACGAUGACUGGACCACAAUCAGCGGAAACACACCCGACUUUUAUGGGGCCAAUGACUUCGACUCCGAGCUGCAUAGCCAUAGGAACCUGUCCCAAUUUAUGAUCGAUGCUCAAGCCGGUACUUUGCCUGAAUUCAGCUUCAUUGACCCGAACUAUGGUUAUCAGUCGCAGGAGAACCCGCAAAAUAUUGUCGUUGGGGAAUCUCUCAUAGCUUCCGUGGUCGACGCCAUCGGCAGGUCACCUCUCUGGCUCAAGACCCUUUUCAUCCUGACUUAUGAUGAGCAUGGUGGCUACUAUGACCAUGUGGCCCCACCCCCCGCACUUUUCCCGGACAAUGUGCCCCCCUCAGUCCUUCCUGGCGAGUACCAGUAUGAGGGAUACGGUCGUCUCGGGUUUCGGGUCCCCUCCGUCCUUGUCUCGCCCUACUCCAAGGCAAAUAAAUAUGUGAGUCAUGUUGUCUACGACCAUACUUCCGUGCUGGCGACGCUACAGCGAAAGUGGAAUCUUCCAUCUUUUACGUACCGGGAUGCCAAUGCUAAUGACUUGUUGGAUUUCCUCGAUAUGGAUGCCCUCAAAAAGGGCGAACCGACCUUCCCAACGAUGCCGGUGCUUGCUGCUGCCGGGAACACCCCGGAGGCGAUGGCUUGCUCUACGACCGGUCCCGGAGUUAUUCCGCCGCCUGGGACUAUUUCUAACCCGAUCAAGUACUAG